UUAUUUUGAAAGUACUAACCGAAAGCUUGUUUUGCAGCGCUCGCAGUGACAGACAGAAGUCGGUGCUCCCAGACAGCUGGGACCUAAAGCCGCGAGGAAAGUCUGGACACCUGACAGUAAAACAGGAAGGGUUCUGUUUAAUAGAACCCUGCUGGUUCCGGUCGGUCCCAGCACCAACGAACCUUAGUGAAUUAUUCCUCAAUCCUAUUAGACGAUGGAUGGGUGGAGCCCUAACCCUGAAAACCCGGAUUAUAGACUCCAACACGCCCCCUGAGUGUGUUCGCUCAUAAUCUAAUGACACGUUUUAACCUAAAUGUCAAACAUCCCAUCAUGUGUCCAGGACUCAGAGAGGACAGGGGUCUGUUUGACAUUUAAAUGUCUCCGGCGCGGUUUGGAGCUUUUUGCCCUGGGGGAGUCGCCGUAGUUUGUGUAUGUCCAGUUGCCAUGGUUACGGCUCCACAAACGCUACUGUUAGAACUAACCCAAAACACAAUGGCUGCUCUACAAAAAGGUGAAGACUGGCAGCAAAAGUUCGUGUUUGGGAACCAAGUGGUUCCUCCUCUAAGGCACCAGGAGGAGCAGGAGGACCAGGAAGAGCAGGAGGAGCAGGACCAGGAGGAGCAGCAGGCGUGCCUCAGGAGAUCCUGUCUCCGACAGGUUCCAGACAGAAUCCUCAAAAACAGCAGUCUGACGUAUGUGUGUCUGGAGGGAAAUCAUAUUCCCAGUGUUCCCAGUUCAGUGUUCGCAUGUUGGCCCAAGCUGCAGUGGCUGGACCUCAGGAACAACCACAUCACGAUGCUUCCUGCUGAAAUUGGCUCCCACAGGUGUUUGGAGAUGCUGCUGCUAGAAGGAAAUCCAAUCCCAGAGCUUCCACCAGAGCUGGGAAGUGUGAUUACGCUCCGAGGCCUGAACCUGAGGGACUGCCCCAUUCGUUUCCCUCCACCACACAUCGUCCAGCAGGGAUAUCGGUCCAUCUUGGCUUACUUGAGGAGAGUUCUUGCAGAGCGCUCAGUGAGUGCGACAAAGACCCUGCCAGUAAUGGAGAAGCUCCAGCUGUCAGACCUGAUGGAGUCUGGUGUGGAGGAGGAGACCGAGCCAGAGGACAAGGACGGGCUGCAGAGGUUCAGGGAACUAAAAGACCAGCUGAUCCUUCUGGAUCAAGCAGACCUGAAGCUGACAGUAAACGGUAGCAAAUGCCUCAGGUCUGAACUUCUCUCCAGUUCCAGGGUAAAAAAGAGCAAAGCUGGUGUACUUCCUAGGCUUCAGCUGUCUCAUCUGAAAAGGUCAGAAGAAAAGAGGACAUCUGCCAUGAAUGAGAUGAGACAGAACCAGACUCUGUUAGAGCAGAGGAGGAAACUUGAAGCUCUAGAGAAGUGGCAUACAGAAGCUAGAGAAGCACAGAUGAAGAAAAAGUCUCUGUGCAAACAAAGGAGAUGGGAAACAGGAAUUCUGGAGGAAAGUCUGGAAGACCGAAGCAUGAAGUCACAGAUGUUGGACUUGGGAAGUAACGAGGACAGAUCAGCCCGGAAGCUGGAGAGGGACAUCCGCGCAUGUGUUGAGAGCAUUCAGAAGAAAAGCAGGAAUCCCUGCAGCACCACUUCUGAGCAGAUGGCAGCAGAAGCACAGGAUGUGGAAAUGAUAAGGAAGUUGCAGGGACAGCUUAUGGAGCGGAGGAGUCAGGGGAAGCAUCAUGAGAAGGAUUUGUUCUCUGGAGUCUCCUGGCCAGGUUUUCCUUCUGAGUGAUGGAUGUUUGAGUUCUGUGGCCCUGAAGACCUUCAGACUCAGUGUUUAUUAUCAUCUUUAUGAGAAAACAAUACACGACUCAAGCAUUU